GGGGUUACCUUCAAUCUCUGUUUCAUGAAUAAUGGUGUUUUCUCAAUUCUAAGAGAAGGGGGAGGAGUGCAGGUAUGUGGUGGGGUAUGAAGGCACUCCUGUGCACUAUGUGGACAAUGGGACGGCUGUGGCCAUCUGUGGGAAUGGCUUCUGUCUCUACUCCCUCCCCACCAACAAGAGCAAUGGUGGGAGUGGCAGUGGGGGUCAUGGCUAUGGUGGCAACCGCCUUCUCAUGUGGGGGCCAAAUGCUGGACUCCAGACCUCAGCAUUCCACAACCAAGACGGCACCCUUGCCUUUGUCGACAAGGGGCUGCCACCAGCAGUGCACAUUCACCAAAUGAACUAUGCCAACCGCAAGAUUUUCACCUUCACUGGAUUGGGGGAGUUGGAUGUGAGUGUGCUGGCUUUCUCUGUGUCCUCCCCCUCCAGGCUUGUGACGGCCUCUGCAGUACCUGAUUUCCGCCUGAUUUUGUGGAACCUUGAGGACACCAAAGGAGCCACCAAAAUGGCAGAAGGCAAGUUGAAACAAAUAGCCAACUUCGCCAGCUUCUCUCCGGUUAGAAACAACCAAGUGUGCAUCAGUGGCAACGGCCAUCUUUCCAUAUGGACAUAUGAGCAACAAUUCCAUGUGGUGACAUGGGAGCAAGUGGAGCGGCAAUGCGAGCCCUACCGGGCGCAUUGUCACUGCUGGGGAGCAGACGGCGACGUGGUGUACGCUGGAUGCAUGGAAGGCGUGGUGGUGAGCUUCGACGUGAAGUAUCCGCCCACGAAGGAGACGCCCAAGCCCAAAACCAUCCUCACACUGGGGACCGGUGACAGGAUCGUGGCGCUGUGCGGAGGGCAGAACAACUUAGCCGCGGUGACGGAGAACGGGAGCUGUACCUGGAUAGGGUUCCCCGCACGGAAGAAGAAAGCGAGGGCAACAACGGCAGUGGAGAUGAAAGCGAGAGUGAAAGCAAAGAAGGGGAAGGGGAAUAAGGCGGUGGAGGCCGCGGGGCAGCAGCAGGGGGAGGAGUGGGAGGCGCUGCGCCCCGAGGAUUUCCGCGUGGUGCAGCAGCUGCAGCUGGGAUUCGGCGGCGUGGUGUCGGCGCUCUACCGCGGCGACGAGGAAGCGCUGCUCGUGGCCUCGUCGCGCGGCAUCCUCGCCUCCGCGCUGAUCCACCGCCGACAACUCUUGGCUCGCAUUGCUGAUGUGGCGCAUGCCACCGUGGACCCCUUGGUGGAACUGACGUGGCAAUGCCGCUUCCACCGUGGCGCCAUCCUGGCCAUGGGCUUGGUCUGUGGUGGGAAGGUGUUGGUGACAUGUGGGGAAGAUGGAACUGUGAGGAGUUGGGCAGCUGCCCUGGGCAAGGAAACCUCAUGCCAAUCCUUGAAGUCCCCUCAACGGGUCUUGUGCAUUCUUAGUGAAUUUGAUGAUGCAUUUAUUGUAACUGGGUCACUGGCUGGCUACAUGAAUGUAUUCCACAUUCAAAGUACAGGUGAUUCAAAGAUUGUGAAGCAAGUAAAGGUGCACACAAGAUCUAUUGAUCAAGUAAUACAAUCCUCGCUUUCUCUACUUUGUCUCCAUUAAAUACCCCCUUUCCAUUUGUGAGGUAUUGAAACCCUUGGCUGCAGGACAACAUGUUGCAUGAUAGAUGUAGACAUUCUGUAAAAACUGUAAAUUUGAAAACUUAGAAAUAUUUUUUCAAAAUACAAAACGAUAGUCAUGAAGGUGGUUAAAAAACUGAAAAGAAUUAGCGUAGAAUUAGUUUACUUCACAUUGAGCUUAAUAUGAAGAACAAAAAAACAUUUCACUGAUGGAAUUACUUUUCCAUCAAAUAUAAUUACAGUGCCAGUUUGACAAUAUACUGUUUUUAAAAUACAAUACAAUGAAAUAAAAUAAAAUAU